GUAUAUAUAUAUAUCACGGUGGGGAGGUUAUUUACGAUGGGAGAUAAUGAGAUGGUUAUGGCAAAUUUAUUGAGCGUUAUUAUGCUUAUGCAUGCAAUCGUUGCGCUUUCUUCUAACGUGAGGGGCUUAAGUAAGAAUUACUACAUGAAGAGCUGUCCUAACGCAGAGCAGAUUGUGAAAAAUAGUGUUAGUACUGCUCUUCAAGCCGAUCCCACUCUAGCCGCAGGUCUUAUCCGUAUGCUCUUCCACGACUGUUUCAUUGAGGGAUGUGACGCUUCGAUUCUGCUAGAUUCAACAAAUGACAACACUGCAGAAAAGGAUUCGCCUGGAAAUCUGAGUCUACGUGGCUACGAGAUCAUAGAUGAUACAAAACAAGAAAUCGAGAAUACUUGUCCAGGAGUUGUAUCUUGCGCAGAUAUACUUGCCAUGGCUGCUAGAGAUGCUGUUUUUUGGGCUGGUGGUCCAUUUUAUCAAAUACCUAAAGGAAGAUUUGAUGGUAAAAGAUCCAAGAUAGAAGAUACAAAAAAUCUUCUUCCACCUUCUUUCAAUGCCUCCCAACUCAUUCAGGCUUUUGGCCAACGUGGCUUCAGUCCGAAAGAUGUUGUUGCUCUCUCUGGAGCACAUACCCUUGGAGUUGCACGAUGCUCAUCCUUCAAGGCUAGACUUAUCACCCUAGAUUCUUCAGUAGACUCUUCUUUUGCAAACACUCUCUCAAAAACUUGCAGUGCCGGUGACAAUGCAGAGCAACCACUUGAUGCCACACGCAACGAUUUCGACAAUGCUUAUUUCAAUGCGCUUCAGAUGAAAUCAGGAGUCCUCUUUUCAGACCAAGCCUUAUUCAACAGUCCAGUGACGAGGAAUCUUGUUAAUGGCUAUGCCCUUAACCAAACUAAGUUUUUCUUUGAUUUUCAAAAGGCCAUGCGCAAAAUGAGCAAGCUCAAUGUCAAAAAUAGCUCUCAAGGUGAAGUCCGUAAACAUUGUCGCUGUCUUAACUAAAGCAUGUACCAAAUGUAUUUAUGAUUUUCUGUACCAGUGCUCCUACCAUCGGUUAUAUGUAUCUCGAUGAUAUGAUUCAUGAUGAAUCACUUGUGCACCAUCUAAAAACUUGGUGUUUCGUAAUAUGUUGGGUGUAA